CUCGGGGCCAGGCUCUGGCGCUGCGCCGGGCCUGCCGCCACCCGGCGCCUCCGCGCGUGCGAGCGAUGCUGGGGGUCGCGCGGGCGCGGCGACGAACGGCGGGGUGCCUAUGAGCCGCCCCGCGCAGCAGCUGCUGCGCCUGCUGCCCGCGCGCGCGCCUGCGGGCCGCUUCAGGCUGCAGCGGAGGAGCGCGCCAUUGGCGUGCCUGGGUGCCUUCUGCGGGCCGUCGGCUUCCAGCGCGGCUCCUGGACGCACGGCCUCGGCGACCUGGACGGUGAGGGCGCGGCCGCACCGGGCGGCCCCGCCGGGAGCGAGGCGGAGGCCGGCGCGGAGCUGGAGGCGACGCCCCCUUGGGCGUUCGUGGGGCCCGGCGCCCACCACGGGCUGCACGAGGAGAUCUACGGGCACGUGUCCAAUGCCAAGUGGAAGGUGCGGUACCUGAAGGUCGGGAAGCUAUCGUCCACGCGGAAGGCGUCGGUGCCCGCCUCAAUCCAGAAGGGGCGAAGAACAGCGCAAGGAGGAUAUCUACCGGGCGAUCCGCGAGGCGUACGGCGCUGGGGGCGGCGAGGGCGAGCAGGGCCAUUGAGGGCUCACGCCAGGCGGGCGCGCGCCCCGGAUGUGACAGCCCCGCGCCGGGGCGCGGGCCCGAUGUUGCGAGGCGGAGGCGUGUGCACAUCCUGCCCUGCCCUGUUCGAUUCCUCCUCUGGGUGCGUUUGCCGAACGCCUCUGCUUGUCGGGUUGCUUCUUGUGAGGGCGGCUGUUCUGCUCCCUGCACAGGCCACUCCUACACAGGGCCACUCCUGUGGGCAGCCGAGCGUUUGCAGAUGCACUCGGUGCCCUCGCGACGGCCCUGCCGCGUGCGUGGCGGGCCGCCCGCCCUUCGGGCCCGCCCCGCGGGCCGCUGCAGGGGCGCCUGGCCACCUGUGUGCUCGCAGCCCCGGCGGCGAGCCGCGCGCCCGGGCCCCCUCUGCCGCUCCCCUUGGUUUACUAAAGGGAGGUUUGUCCACCGCCGCUUCUUGCUUCUCUGACACAGGGCCACGGUGUUGA